CCACCUCACAGAAGGAUGAACCAGUGAGCUGAGCUGAGGGGCAGAGGGCGCGGGGCGGAGGUUGAAACGCUGGUGCUGCCCGAGGUAGGAGGAGGCCGGUCUGGUUGUCUGGCGGCCAGCUAUGAAGCCGCCUAGUUCAUUGCAAACAAGUGAGUUUGACUCAUCAGACGAAGAGCCUAUUGAAGACGAACAGACUCCAAUUCAGAUAUCAUGGCUACCCCUGUCACGAGUGAACUGUUCUCAAUUUCUUGGUUUAUGUGCUCUUCCAGGUUGUAAAUUUAAAGGUGUUAGAAGAAAUAUCCAAAAAGAUACAGAAGAACUAAAGAGCUAUGGUAUACAAGACAUAUUUGUUUUCUGCACCAGAGGGGAACUGUCAAAAUAUAGAGUUCCAAACCUUGUGGGCCUCUACCAUCAGUAUGGAAUUAUCACUCAUCAUCAUCCGAUUCCAGAUGGAGGGACUCCUGACAUAGCCAGCUGCUGUGACAUAAUGGAGGAGCUUGAAAUCUGCCUUAAAAAUAACCGAAAAACCUUAAUACACUGUUAUGGAGGACUUGGGAGAUCCUGUCUUGUAGCCGCUUGUCUCCUCCUAUACCUGUCUGACACGAUAUCGCCGCAGCAAGCCAUCGACAGCCUGAGGGACCUGAGAGGCUCUGGAGCAAUACAGACCAUAAAGGUAAGGAGGGUGACCGUUCUCGUGAGGCUGUGGUCAGGGGCAGACCGUCACAGUGUAACACCUCACCAAAAGGGUAAUGAAAAUCCAAAGCACUUUAUUAUUCAUGUAUCACCUGUUUAUAUUUUGACUUUUUAAAAAUUUACAUUUAAAUAUAACCUGGAUGUCUGAAAAAGUUCAGUUUUUCAAACAAAAUAAUGAAAAAUUUGAACUUUCCAGUUUACUCUUUCAAGAUCCACUACUGUUCAGUUUUUGCCCAUUCUGUUCUGGGAAUGGAUCCUCUCACCUGGAAAAAUGAGGCAGUUACUAUAAACUUGGUAGUUUCCUGGGUAUAUUUUUGACCAAAAAGAUCUCAUGGAGAUCCUAUUACUGUAUCACCAAAACAAUUAACAAAGAUAGACG